AUGGAUCUGCUGCUGGAGCCAUGGGCCGUGUUCCCGCUCUUGGCGGACAUCGAGCCCCAUCACACCCUGAAGGAUUCGGACAAGUUCCAGGCUUCGAUGCACCUGGGCCACUACAAACCUGACGAAGUGGUGGUCAAGGUAGCCGACAACGUGGUGACCGUGCGGGCCGAGCACGAGGAGAAGCACGAGGACGGUUACUCGCACAGCCGAACGGUGCGGCAGAUGACGCUGCCGCAGAACACCAAGGUGGACCAGCUCACCUCCCACCUGACCCCCAACGGCGACCUGCUGCUGGAGGCGCCCUACAUCAACAAGCCGGCGCUGCCUGCGACCAGGGACAUUCCGAUCGCCAUCGAGGGUGCCGGGGACGCCCCGAAGGUCGAGGGCAAAAAGUGA